AUAAGCAUUGUUCUAAUAAUAUUAAUCAUUGUCGUAUUAUUAUUUUAAUUAUAUAAGUUUUAUCAUAAUUAAUUAAUUCUUAUUGUAAUAAUAUAAUCAUGCUCUCACACAUUGUGUUGUGUAGUUACGUUCGCGUCCGCUAGGAGGCGAGCAUAGGUAGCGGCGCACUCGCAAGAGAAAUUGCGACCCUGCGUUCUUAAGUAUGACUGGCUGUGGAGCUCGCAGCUACGGAUAUAUUUGACAAAUUUUCCAUGUCAGUACUUUCUACAUUUGCAAACAGUUCUUCUUAGGACUACUUUUUCAAUCACUUUUUUUGAGAAAUACUUUUUAAAUCAGUUCUUUCUUGUGACUACCCUUCAGAACAGUUUUUUCAAGAUUACUCUUUGAAUUAGUCCUUUUAAGGACUAUCUGUAACGAUGAGCACUAUUUCUCAAAAAUUGAGGCAUGGUGAUAGGUGUGUUAAUCCUUUUAUGACCAACGACGCUGAUAAUCAUAUCGGAAAAAACUUACGUUCCAUUACUUCGUCAUUGCUCAAAAAAUUCCCUUCAUUAGAUCCGAAAUCAAAAAUUUGCCAUUCAUGUAGAAAGAGAGCAUAUGCAUUGAAUACAUUCGAUCUUGAUGUCAGUGAUGAAAACCUCAACACCACUAAUCUUAGUACUGAACAAUCAGAAGGGAAGCGUUAUCAAAAAACGAUUUCAAGAGAAGAAGAGUUGGAAGAGAUAUUGAAUGCUUUGAAAGAUAAGUUCUCCAGCUUACCAUACAAUGACCCUGAUCGAAUGCGCAUAUUAACUAUCGCUCCUCUAAGUUGGUCCAUUCGAAAGAUUGCGUCAAAGUUCGGUACCACAAUACACAUGGCUAAAAAAGCGAAAGAUCUCAGAGCUUACCCGACGAGACAGUUGAGAAAGUGAAACAAUUUUACGUCAAUGACUCAAAUAGUAGAAUCAUGUCCGGAAAAAAAGAAGUAGUUUCUUUAAAAAGUGAUGGGAAAAAAACUAUAGAACAAAAACGUCUUGUACUUUAUAAUCUGAAAGAGCUUCAUGCUAAGUACAAGGAAGAAAAUAUUGAUCAUCCUGUUGGUUUUUCCAAAUUUUGCCAAUUGAGUCCAAAAUAUUGUGUUCUUACUGGUGCAUGCGGUACUCAUUCCGUGUGCGUUUGUGUUACGCAUCAGAACUGUAAGCUGAUGCUUGAUGCGAUCAAUGUAGCUUAUUUAACGAAGAACUUGGAAGAACCAAUUAAAGAUUACAAAGACUGUCUCAAGGCUAUUAUGUGCCAGAAACCGAAACCGGAAUGCCAUUUGAAUAA